AUGAUCAAGAACAGCCUAUACUGGAUGAUGUUGGCAGUCAGCCAUUUGUCGUCUAUCGCGGCAGCCGGCCUCCCAAUAAUAGAUCCUCAAGAUUGCAUCGUCAGAUCGGCUACUGCCUCCGUUGUCGGUUUAGGGGUACAGGGCACCUUCCAUUUCAGCCGCAAGGAAACCCAAAAGGGUAUCACCACUCUGGUCAAUUUUAAGGUCUCCGGCUUGAAAGAUGGAGAGGAAUUCGAUUAUUCAAUAUACAAUGAUCCGAUCAACGAAUCCGGAAAUUGCGACUCGGCGAACGGCCACUUCAACCCAACAAACUCCGCCUUACUGGGCAAGUGUCUGACCUCUCACCGAGAACAGUGUCAAGCCGGGGAUCUAUCUGGGAAAUACGGUAAACUGGUCGGCAGUAACACUGGAAGCGUCACUCAAAGAUACAGCGAUUCGACCUUGAAAAUCUCACCAUCCGAGCGAGGAAUCGUGAACAAGUCCAUUGUGAUUGUCAAUUCUGAUAUGCAGCGGAUUGCUUGUGGUACGCAUGCUAUCAACAUACUCUCCAGGGACUUCCAGGGCCCGCCUAUCGCCUGA